AAUCCAAUCAUCAUCAAACACUCGAUUCCACACCCCUCUCAGCUGCCUCAGCUGCCUGCAUCAGCUGCCUUGCGUCGUCCAGCCGCUCGUCAUUUCCCCCCUCCUCCUCCUCGUCUUCCUGCGCCGUAUCGCUGUCGCCCUCCCCUACUCAACCCUGCAACGCGCAACCUGAGUCAUGAGCGUGGUUAAAGAAGGCUGGCUGUUGAAGCGCGGCGAAUACAUCUCCACUUGGAGGCCCAGGUACUUUGUGUUGCGCAGCGACGGCAAGUUCCUCGGGUUUAAGCAAAAGCCUGCCAGUGCCAGUGAUCCAGCUGUCAACAAGUUUGACAUCAGGGAUUGCAAGAUCUCUGUCGAGGAUGACAAGGGCAAGAGCGGGAAGUUCGGCUUCUCCAUCCGCUUUGUUCAGAUGACGCGCGUGAUUGAGCGUUCCUUCCAUACAGAGUCUGCCAUGGAGCGCCAGGAGUGGGUUGACGCCAUCACGGGACUCAAGCACUCCCUCGAGGGAGCCGGUGACUCGCGCGGCUCGCGGUCAUCACACGACACCCGCGCCAUGUCCUUCAUUGGCGGCCGCCCAGAGCCCGCAGACAUCUCCAUGGACAGCUUCGAAAUGCUCAAGGUGCUUGGCAAGGGCAGCUUUGGCAAGGUGAUGCUUGCCAAGCUCAAGUCAUCGGGUGCCGUUUACGCGAUCAAAGUUCUCAAGAAGAGCAUGAUUCUGGAGAAGAACGAGCUGGCGCACACGUUUACGGAGAACUCCGUGCUGGCCAAGUGCUCGCAUCCGUUCCUGACGUCGCUGCACUACUCGUUCCAGACACCAGACCUCCUCUGCUUCGUCAUGGAAUACGUCAACGGCGGCGAGCUGUUCUUCCACCUGCGCAAGGAGAAGAAGUUCAGCGAGGACCGCACGCGCAUCUACAUUGCGGAGAUUCUGCUUGCGCUGACAUACCUGCACGACCAAGGCAUCAUCUACCGCGACCUCAAGCUCGAGAACCUGCUGCUCGACGCCGAGGGACACAUCAAGAUUACGGACUUUGGUCUGUGUAAGGAGGAGAUCACGUACGGCUCCACGACGCGCACCUUCUGCGGCACCCCAGAAUACCUCACUACGGCCUUCCUGUCGACUGGUCAGUGA